GACGCACAGAGGAGCUGAAGGAGCUGUUCAUGAGACACUGGACCAGAGACACAGGGAUGCAGAUUGUAGUCACACUCCACCACUGCUCUCAGGUCUGAUCUGUGGACUCCAGAGCACGGACACUGGGACCCGUUCCCCAACCUCUACAGCAAACUUUGAGUGGAUUUAAUUUAUAUCGCAGAAAUGGGAUUGGAACGCUUUUACGCACAGACGCCCAGGAUGGUGGCUCGUCUCUCCCGCUCGCUCCUCUGUAUCCUCGGGCUCUCUCUCUCUCUCUCCGCCUGCGAAGCCUUCAACCUGGACGUGGAGAAUCCAGCUGUUUACAGCGGAGCUCUGGGCAGCUACUUCGGAUAUGCCGUGGACUUUUAUUUGGCCAAUUCCUCCAGUGCCAGCGUGGUGAUCGGAGCUCCCAAGGCCAGCACGAGGCAGGUCAAUGUGACAGAAGGAGGAUCUGUGUUCUACUGUCCGUGGAACCACAACCAAACCGAUUGUCACACCAUCGACUUCGACACGAAAGGCGAUCGCACUAUUUCACUCCAGGACUCGGAGCAACAGGUUGAUUUCAAGUCGCACCAAUGGUUCGGCGCCACCGUGCGUUCCCACGGCGACACCAUCCUGGCUUGUGCCCCUCUCUACUCUUGGCGGACUGAAAAGGACACCCCCCAAUCUGACGCCACAGGAACCUGCUACCUCUCCGUCCACAAUUUCACCAAGUUCGUGGAGUACGCUCCGUGUCGCACAGAGAUCAGUGAAGCUGUGGGACAAGGGUACUGUCAGGGAGGAUUCAGUGCCGACUUCACAAAGGAUGGCAAAGUGGUGUUGGGGGGGCCAGGCAGCUACUUCUGGCAAGGUCAGGUGAUUUCUGCAGCGAAGGAGGACAUUAUCAAAGCGUACUACCCAGGUUACUUCAUGCAGUCUGUGGAGGGUCAGAUCCAAACCAAACAGGUCAACUCCGAACAUGACGACAGCUACCAGGGCUACUCUGUUGCUGUUGGGGAAUUCAGUGGCGAUGAAGUGGAAGAUUUUGUGGCCGGUGUUCCAAAAGGACUCAUGCUUUAUGGAUCGGUGUGUAUUCUGAAUGGUACAGAUCUGAAGGCCAUGAUUAACUACACUGGCGAGCAGAUGGGGUCAUACUUCGGCUACGCUGUGGCAACGACUGACAUCAACAGCGACGGGAUGGCUGACCUGCUGGUGGGAGCUCCCAUGUUCAUGGUGCGGGGGUCUGACGGCCGGCUGGAGGAGACGGGCCGGGUCUACGUCUACCUGCAGCGUGGGCCCAUGAGCCUGGAGCUGCAGCUGCCGCACAUCACCGGCACCGAGGCGUUCGGGAGGUUCGGCAGCACCAUCGCUCCACUGGGAGACCUGAACCAGGACGGUUUCAAUGACGUGGCCAUUAGCUGUCCGUUUGGAGGGGACGACCGGCGGGGACUGGUCUACAUCUUUAACGGCUACUCAGAAGGACUCAGGGAUAAACCGUCUCAGGUGAUCACCGGCCAGUGGGCUGCUGGAAUGAUUCCCGCCAGCUUUGGGUUCGCUCUCAGAGGAGCUAAGGACCUGGACAUGAAUGGAUACCCUGAUCUCAUCGUUGGAGCUUUCGGUGUCGAUAAAGCAGUUCUCUACAGAUCUCGCCCCAUAGUGAACACCAGUGCCUCUCUGACCGUCUACCCCACCAUGAUCAACCCCGAGGAGAAGAACUGCAUCGUCACCAGCGGAAACACCAGCGUCCCUGUUUCCUGUGUCAACCUGAGCUUCUGCAUAUCCGCUGAUGGGAAGCACCUACCGGACGUUCUAGAUUUCCAGGUGGAGGUGCAGCUCGACAGUCACAAGCACAAGCAGAAAGGUGGCGUGAAGAGGGCUCUGUUCCUGGAGUCCCAGCUGCCCGUGCUGCAGAGGAGUGUGAGGGUUCGCCAUGGCGAGCGUGUCUGCAACCACACAAAGAUCUACCUACGGGAUGAGAAGGACUUCAGGGAUAAGCUCUCCUCCAUCUAUGUGGCCUUGAACUUCAGUUUGGAUCCGAGCGCCGCAGCCGACUCCCGCGGCCUGCGUCCCAUCCUCAACUAUCAGACCACACACGUCAUCGAGCAGAAGGCUCAGAUUCUGUUGGACUGCGGAGAGGACAAUAUCUGUGUUCCUGAUUUGAAGCUGUCAGUUCAAGGCGACAGGAAGGAAGUCUACCUGGGCGACGACAACUCGCUGACCUUGACCUUUAACGCCAGGAACGAGGGCGAGGGAGGGGCUUACGAGGCCGAGCUGUACGUGGUGCUGCCUCCGGAAGCUGACUACAGCGGAAUCGCUCGCAAUAAUGAGAGCCUGACGCAGCUCACCUGCAGCUACGAGACCGAGAACCAGACCCGAUACCUCAGCUGCGAUCUGGGAAACCCGAUGAAGUCUGCUACCAGUCUGUGGGCGGGUCUGCGCUUCACGGUGCCGCGGCUGAAGGACACGUACAAAAACGUGCAGUUUGAGCUUCAGAUCCGCAGUAAAAAUGAGAAUAACUCCCACAGUGAGGUUGUCCCCUACAAGCUGGAGGUGGUCGUCCAGGCUGAGGUCAUUCUGCAGGGUGUGUCUCGACCAGAUAAGGUCUUCUUCCCGCCGGCCAACUGGAAGGUGACCAAGAGCUACGGGGCGGAGCAGGACGUGGGGCCCGCCAUGGAACAUAUCUAUGAGCUGGUGAACAACGGGCCCAGUCGGAUCAGCCACACCCUCCUGGAGCUGCUCUGCCCACUCAGUGUCCAGGGCCACAACCUGCUCUACCCGCUGGAGUUCUCCACAGAAGGAAACAUCAACUGCACCGCCGACAAGAACAUGAACCACCUCGACCUCAAACUCCAGCGCACGUCCACAGAAACUCCGAUCCUGGCUCUGAAGGCCCCGGAGCACCGGGUGGAGCACCGGGUGGAGCGGAGGGACGUCCACCGGAACCAGCUCGCUCAUCUGACCAACCUGUCGUGCUCUAAUGUGGAGUGCUGGUCGCUCCAGUGCAAAGUGGGACUCCUGGAGAAAGGGACCACUGCCAUUGUCAAAGUGCGAUCCCGCGUCUGGGCCGAGACCUUCGUGGAGAGGCCUUACAAGCAGUAUGUGCUGGAGUGCCUGGCCAGGUACAGUGUGGAGAAGAUGCCCUACGCCAUCCUUCCCAAAGUUGCACUCAGUGGACACAAAAAGGUGGUGACCCCCAUCGUGUGGAACAAGCCGGACAUCGAGAACUCAGUUCCUCUGUGGAUCAUCAUCUUGGCCAUUCUGGCUGGUUUGCUGCUUCUGGCGUUACUCAUCUAUGUUCUUUACAAGUUUGGCUUCUUCAAGCGAUCUCUACCUUACGGCACGGCCAUGGAGAAAGCACAGCUGAAACCUCAGGCCGCCUCCGAGGCCUAGAAGACUCCCAUGACUCAGCAGAACCACAGAACCUGGCCGUGGGAUUGCAGCAGACAGACACAAUGGAACGUGGAGAGUGGAUCAGGAAGCAGACCACUGAAACUCCACUGUGCUGCGCUAGAAAAAAAAAGACAAAAACGAAAUCCAAAGAUCUUCAAACCAAAUGAAUGUUUUUUUUAAUUUAUGUUUGAGGGCAGGUUGGGAUUGUUAGCAAAUAGGACUUGUCCUCAGUUCCUCGAGGCGAACAUGAGAACGUCAGCCUGCAGAUGCAACGAGAUAGUUUCCUUUUGUGGACUCUUGUGACAGAGAGUUCAGUGAUUCCUGUUAAACUGCUUUAUUUUGGUGCUAAGGAUGUGAUGUGUUCACCGCCUCUGACAGGAAAUGUCCUCGUGUAGCUUGUGGCAGCCGGGAGCUGUGAAUGACUCCGCCUGCUGAGGCCUGACAGGAUUCUUCUGAUACGUCCAGAACAUGUUCACAUUCUUCUUUAUUGGCAGAAGAUCACGAAAUAGGUUUCAGGCAAAUGCAAUACUUCAAACCCAAAUGUCGAAAAAGCAAAUCUGUCCGAUAGCUUUGUUGAAAGAUUCUUUUUUAGAUAAUAUAAAUCCUGACCUGUCUGAGAUGUUCCCCUGGUUCCAUCACAGGGAAAGCGGGUAUUGAAAAUGGAUGAAAUGAUCUCUCUCUGCCUCAGGUCGGUGGACAGCGCUGGGUUGAGUUGGUUUUUUUUUUUGCACUCAAAGGAAAUCUACUGAUAUAUUUCCAGAAAAACACACCAGAGACUCACUGAUUGACCUUCCUUUGAGUUCUGACUCCUACUGAUCACUUUGUAUGAAGCCUGUUUGUCGUCCCAGUGCUGGUCCUCGAUGUUGUGUAGUCUACUGGGACGGGACUGGAACCACCGCGGACCUGUGGCACCUCGCGUUAGGCUUGAAGCAGUGUGGUGCUUCUGGCAAAAACUAUUUGCCAAAGAAUACACAAUUUUCUUUCGCUGCCUU